AGCUGAACAGAGCUCUGUUCUGCUCGGAGGAAAUGGGCGUUCUCCUUGGAAACUUUGGAGGGAGUGAAAAAACAGAGAAGGUGUGGCAAAGCCGGGAAAGACUGGACCACCAAGUGGGGCACGAUGUAGUAGAGUGGCGAAGCUGCUGAGAUCUGGUUCAGGGGAACAAAGAUUAUCCUGACCACUUUGUUUAUUUUCAGGAGGAGACUGAAAAUGGCGUACCUGCUCAUGUUUGUCACCCUGCUGCACCUCAUCACACUGGCAAUGCUGUUCAUCGCAACCAUGGAGAAGUCCUGGUGGGUGUGGGACGGCAUGGAAAAUUCAGACCUAUGGUACAACUGUCGCUUUGACAACUCCACAGGGACUUGGCUGUGUGCAUCCUCCAAAGAAACUGAGUGGCUUCAGGCUGUUCAGGUCCUGAUGGUCCUCUCGGUGGUCUUCUCUUCCGUCUCCUUCUUGGUGUUCCUGGGUCAGCUCUUCACCAUGUCUAAGGGCGGGCUCUUCUACUUCACUGGACUGUGUCAAGUGUUUGCAGGUCUGACAGCCUUUUCUGCAGCUCUCAUCUACACACUGCACAAUAAGGACAUCCUUCCAGACUCCAAAGAUCUGACUUCAGGACACUUUGGCUACUGCUUCAUCCUGGCCUGGGUGUGUGUUCCUUUGCUGCUGUGUAGUGGGAUCAUAUACGUCCAUCUGCGCAAGAAAGAGUGACCAAAAAAAGGCAGAACAUCUCCAGCAAAGAAGAUGAUUAAACUGAUUUGCCUUUUUUGUUUUUUAUUUUUUAAAUAAAAACUUAUAUCUGUGCAGAUAGCUAUAUUAUAAAUAUGCACAGGCUUCAGCUGAUGUAACUGUAAGUUUUAUUUGUAUAUAUCGGAUAGUUUGAAAAACAUAUUUAGGAUAUAUUAAGCUACAGCAACAUUAUGAAACAUUUUGUUUUGAUCCACACUCACUAUUUGUUCUGCAACAGUGAGUUUCAAAGAGUGGUAGGUUGAAACCAUCCACAUUUGCCUCACACCUAGUGAUAAUUUUGAUUGAAUGCUUCUUUACUAAUGUUGCGUUUUGUUUUUAUCUACACAUAUAUUUCAAAACAUUAUUGGUAAAGGUGUGUUGGCAAAUGCAAUAAACUGUAAUUAAAAAAAUCUGGUACUUCUUUGUGCAACUGUCACAACUUAUAGUUUUGUGCUAAAACUUAUUUUGUAGAUUCAAUUAUUCUCCUUUACACUUGCAAUAUCAUGAUUUAUUUGUAAACUGUGUGCUCAUUAAGUUUAAACAUUUUGGCCCCUUCUGGCAAUUCGGGUUUGCGUUGUUUUUUAAGAACAGUUUUGACAAAAGCAUCUGGUAUCACUUUUCGAGGGAAAACAAUCCUUCAUUGAGCAGACACACAUAAUGUCCACAGGCAAAAACUCCUUUAUACUGGAAGAAACCUCUACAGAACAAGCCAAUUUAUUCUGUAUUCAUUUCUAAUUAUUCCCAUACUAUGAACAUUUUCAACUUAGAAGGGUUUUUUUGUGUGUGUGAUUUUGAAGAACAAAACAAAAUCUUUUAUAAUUGUUUGGUUUAUGUGAGAUGUCGCAUUUUUUUCUUGAAUAAACUUUUAAAUAUAUUUUAUAACCAAACCUGACAGAACAAUUUAUUUACUAGUUCCUCUAAUAAAUGCCCUUUUAAAA